CCAACAAACACAGUCAAGAGGAAGAAGAAUUUCCUUUCAUUUACUACAAGGCGAUGAAGUAGUUCUGUUCUUGGGUUUGUUUUUAAGCUACUGAAGUUUUCUAAGUGGCUGUAUUACAGCAGACACAGGCAGACAUGUACCGCUGUCUGUCAAGGAGUGUGUGUAGCAGAGCGAGAGUGUGUCCUGCCUUUGUGCCUCCUUGUGCCCAGCCACCAUCAUGGACGUUGGGAAACACAGCAGAGAGACAUCACAGGUUGGCUGAGCAGCGUUGGCACUGCUCAGUCCGCUGUAUGAGCUCUGCACCGCGGAAGAGGAAAGCCCUGCGCAGUGCCUUCCCUGUGCUGGAGCAGCCCCUCCAGCCCAUCCACCAACAUGUGUACGAAGCUAACGUCCGCAACAGCAAUGCCUGCCAUAAGAAGUACGUGGAGUUGAGUGAAAAGGUCAGGAAAGGGGGAGGGGAAAAUGCCAUCACCAGACACACCCAGAGAAACAAGAAGUUGCUGGUGAGGGAUCGGCUGCUCCUCCUGCUGGAUGAUGAGGACUUCCUGGAGUUGUCGCCAUUUGCUGGUCUGGGUCUGCCAUAUGGGGACAUCCCUUCAGCCGGCUGUCUGACUGGGAUUGGCAGGAUCAGUGGCCUGUGGUGUGUGUUCAUUGCCAAUGAUGCUACAGUGAAAGGCGGCACAGCGUAUCCAAUCACAGUGAAGAAGCAGCUACGGGCACAGGAAGUAGCAAUUCAGAACCGCCUGCCUUGCGUUUACUUGGUGGAUUCUGGAGGAGCUUUUCUACCAUUGCAGUCAGAGAUCUUCCCUGACAAGAACCAGGGAGGAAGGACGUUCUAUAACGAAGCCAUCAUGUCUGCCAUGAAGAUCCCUCAGGUGUCGGUGGUGUGCGGGUCGUGUACGGCGGGCGGAGCUUACAUCCCCACAAUGGCAGAAGAGGCAGUGAUGGUACACCGGAUAGGGACCAUAUUCCUGGGAGGACCGCCACUUGUCAAGGCCGCCACAGGAGAGGAAGUGACACCAGAGGAUCUGGGAGGAGCCAAGCUUCACGCUGAGGUGAGUGGCUGUGUGGACCAUUUUGCCUGGGAAGAGAAGGAGGCGUACGAUUGCACCAGAAACAUCAUAUCCACCUUGAACUUCCAACUGCCUGAGGAGGAAGAGGAGGAGGAGAUGCAGAAGAGGAGAGCAGAGGAGGAGCCUCUGUAUAGUUCAGAGGAGCUUCUGGGACUCGCUCCCAGAAGUUAUAACUACAGUCUGGAUGUUAAAAUGGUGGUCAGUCGGCUGACAGACGGAAGCCGCUUCCGGGAGUUCAAAGCUCGCUAUGGAACAACGCUCAUCACUGGCUUUGCAAAGAUACAUGGCCACCUGGUGGGAAUAGUAGCCAACAACGGAGAGCUGUCGUACCAGGCCGCGCUGAAAGGCAGCCAUUUUGUCCAGCUGUGUGACCAGAGAGACAUCCCCCUCCUCUUCCUCCAGAACACAGCACCUACAUCAGCUCUAACACUCUCCACAGCGCAGGCAGAGAUGAACAGUAACCGUCUGAAGGCUCAGGGUUCAAUGAUGUCAGCAGUGGCGUGUGCCUCCGUCCCUAAAAUCACGGUGGUGAUUGGCGGUUGCCAUGGCGCUGACAGCUACACCAUGUGUGGGAGGGCCUUUGACCCUAACUUCCUGUUCCUGUGGCCCAAUGCUAGAGUGUCGAUCGCUGCACCGGGUCAUUCCAGCUCUUUGCUUCCCCCUGAGGCUGAGCAGGAGGAAGAGAGGAAGAAACAGGAGGACAGCCUGAAUGAGAGGUUAAAGGAGGAGAGCUCAGCUUUCUUCUCCUCCGCCAGGCUCUGGGAUGAUGGAGUCAUUCUGCCUCAGGACACCAGGAAGGUCCUUGGAGACUGUCUGGACAUCAUCAAACAGCAGCAGUAUCAGCUUUCCACAGAGAAGCUGAAGUCAACACUUUUACGUAUAUAGAAGCUUCCAUCCUCCUCCUCACUGGACACCACAAAGGUCUCAUUGGUCACCUUCACCACUUUGUGCAGAGGAGCUGCACCCAAAUAAACUGUUAAACAAACUCCUGCUAAGACCAUACUAUACAGUAUGAGUAGGUGAUGCCAGUUAUCCCCAUAACAUGAGGACUUGUAUGAUAUUGAUGCACUUGUAGAGGAUGAUGAAUAUUCUGACUGUUGUGUAUCCAGUUCGUUGUCGAACAUGGCAUAGAGUUAUCUCGGAGUGAUGUUUUGUUUUUUUUUUAUUCACUCCAUUUCUUUCUGGUCAAAAUAUCCGCAAAAUGAAAGAUUGAAAAUGUAUCUCGACAGAAGUCGCUGCUCUUCUGGUUCUCCUGUCGAAAACAGUCAACAGUCAGGAGAUGAAGGAUUGAGAUGAAGAUGUGUUCAUUAAAAUCCUUUUUAAAAGCAGCUCAUGGGAAAGUGAGUGUGUAGCCUUUAUUUUACAGAAAUUCACAGUAAAUGCCUAAUCUGUAGCUAGUAAUAUAAUUACAAAGUGUCAAAUGUUCCUUGUAAUGUAAGUUUAUUUGUAUAAAAGAAGAAAAAAAUGUAAAUAUCUUUUGCAAAAAUAGUAUUUUUGUAUUUAAUGGUAAUUUUUUGCUUUACAAGGAUGAUUUCACAAAUCUACAGGUGCUAUUUUAAUGGUGAAAUCAUUUUAAAUGCAGCCAAUAUGAAUGUUUUAACAAAGGCAAAAUAAACAGACUAUAAACUCA